AUGAAAGAAAACGUACUGAAAUUUCUCGAGAAGGUGACAGUAAAGGGAAAGUGUCCUCUGGCGGGAAAUAGCGUUCACUUUGAUAGAAGGUUUAUUUCCAAAUAUAUGCCUCGCCUUGAUAGCAUCUUCACUACCGUAUUGUCGACGUUUCCACGGUCAAGGAGCUGGCUUCCAGAUGGUUUCCUGAUGAGUACGCCAUAG